AUGCUGCGCUCCCCCGAUGCCGCGUUACUCGAAAGUAUGACUGACGCUCACGAGUAUGUUACUGUUUCUUGUCCUACAACAAAUGCCAAAGAGUUGCUUCAGCGAUUCCUUGCAGAGCUUCCGGAGGAAUUUUUCUGUGUCACAGAAAAAGAGGCCGACUCGCAACUCAAAUCACACAUGAUAUCUCUACUAGGCAGCGAAGAGUUGUUUGAGGAGUUGCAGAAAGAUUGCGAUUUGGGCAAUUUAUACGUGGAGGACGAGUUUCAUACUUUGGACGAAUUGCUUCAUGUUGUACCAGAUCGAGCGAGUCGUAACUUGGAGCCACUCAAGACAUUAGAGGCUAUUCCGAAGGAUCUUUCUGAAAAAGAUAUCGAGAAAAAUUCACUGGGUAUACGGAGUCGUUUUCGGAGACCUCUCGUGGAUAUGGGGUAUCUGAACUCACCAGAUGGCGUUUUUGACUGCGGCUUGCCAAUUCAGGACGUCGUUCUCACUGUAUUCGUAUACCGACCUAUUGCGCUGGCCGUUGCUGACUGUAGUAAUGCUCCCUGGACGAUGGUGAUGGAGCAGCGGAUUGAAAUCUUGGGCUCCCAGACGUUAAGCAUUCUAAGAGAUGCGAUAAAGUGUCCUCAGGAUAUGAUAUAUUUGGGUGACUGCUCUGAAGCUAUUGACAAUCCAAGUGUGCAUGUUCCCGCUCGGGCCAUCUAUCCGUCGUCCUAUUUUUUUAUUGAGGGGGUUUUCUACGAUGACCUGCGCGAUCCUAGAGCCACGAGAUUGAGCACUUCCGUCAUUGAAUGGCAAGACAAUCAUAAGAAGAAGGCUACAGAAACCUAUUCUGCCUCUACUAUGACUGAUUGUGUGUUGGGCGACCUUACUGUCACACUGGGGAAGCCAUAUCUUUUUUUACACCAAGGGAACUGCGAACACGUUAUCAUUUUCACCAUGAUGAGGUGCGUUUUGCUACUUUGUUGUCGUUCUCUUGACGUUGCGCUUACAUUUCGGAGCUUUCGAGAUGCAUUUCACUGA